GGCCCUGCCGUGGAGUUCGCGCUGCCGCAGGAGCCGGAGCCGCGGGCCGCGGACCUCGGGGCCCCGGGGGCGGGGGCGGCGGGGCCACCGACGCCGUCGGCGCACAUCCCGGUGCCAGGGUAUAGGUGAGCCGGGGUUCGCGUGCCAGGCCGAGGGGGCGUGUGCACCCGUGCGCCUGUGUGUGCAGGGGUGGUGGAUGGGGCGCGGGCUGGAGCCUUCCAGACCCCACCCCUGCGAGGGGCGCCUCGGUGGAGGGCAGGUCAGCAUCCUGAACUGGGUUUCUGUCCUUGCCUUUCGGCUCUCCAGCCCUGGAGGAGUUAAGCAGAAAUGACCCAUGUAUCAGUAUGCCUUGUUCCUCCCCAAACCCUGAGAGCCAGAGCGCAGAACUGGGAGGGGGCGCCUGUCAGCCUCUGUGCCCAGGAGGCUGUGAGGCCCGCGUGGAAUCGACUGUCCAGGCAUCCCGGGGCCCCUGAUGACUGUCUCGCCAGCUCUGUCUGCAGAGAGAGAAACCCUCCCAGAGCCCCCCCAGGAAAAGCCCGGCUGGACGAGGUCAUGGCUGCUGCAGCCCUCACAAGCCUGUCCACCAGCCCCCUCCUGCUGGGGGCCCCGGCUGUAGCCUUCAGCACAGAGCCCAGCUUGGAGCCUCGGAGGGAGGCCCCGGUGCGGCCACCGGGCAGCAGCGGCAGCAGCGGGGAUGGGGGCUGGGGCCCGGCCAGUGACCAGUCCUCUCCAUCUACCCCGUCGCCCCCGCUGCCACCUGAGGCAGCCCACUUCCUGUUCGGGGAGCCUGCCCUGAGGAAGAGGAAGAGCUCGCUGCAGGGGCUGUUCCAGUGUCUGUGGAAGCGCUGCGGGAAGGUGCUGAGCUCGGCGUCAGGGAUGCAGAGACACAUCCGUCUGGUGCACCUGGGCAGGCGGCAGGCAGAGCCAGAGCAGAGCGACGGCGAGGAGGACUUCUACUACACGGAGCUGGAUGUCGGCGUGGACUCGCUGACCGAUGGGCUGUCUGGCCUGACCCCGGGGUCCCCCACGGCCUCCGCGCCGCCCGCCUUCCCCCGCCUGGAGCCGCUGGAGCCCCCGGCCCUGCCCAGCCUGCUGCGCCCGCCCGCCCUGCCCCCACCCCCGGUGCUGAGCUCCCUGCCCGCCCCCCAGGGCUGCCUGGCACCCGUCCACCCGGAGCCACAGCCCAUCCCGGUCAGGGCCUGCGCGCCCGCCCUGCCCGCCAAGCCCGGUGCCAACCCGAGGAAGCCCCGAGGUGACGCCAGGAAGUGCCGGAAGGUGUAUGGCGUGGAGCACCGGGACCUGUGGUGCACGGCCUGCCGCUGGAAGAAGGCCUGCCAGCGCUUCCUGGACUGAGCCCCGCCCGCCGGGGCCUCUCCUAGCUGCAGGGUCUUCUUUCUAACCCGGGGGGGGGGGGGGGGGGGGGGGGGCGGGCCCGGGCCCCACCACUCAAAGUGCCUCUGAAGAAACCAGCCUCUUGGCCUUUUGCACUAAAGCCAAACCUCACAGCUGUCCCCUUGGCCUGGGGUCCCCAGGGGUGGCCGCCCCCCACCUGUCAGCCCUGGACUUGUCAGGGGUGUGACGGGCCCCGCUUUGGGGCCACCUGGGGCCGUCCUCGAUGCACUUUGAGGGGUGUCGGGGAGGGGGCGCCCCUGCCCGCACUUAAUCUGACUGUUUGAGGGCCCGGGUGCACAUUUGUACCGUGUUUGCCAAGCUCAGGUGUCUCACGUCUGGGCUGAACCAGGCGAGGAGUAACAUUAAAGAUUUGGGAUUUUUCCAAAA